GCGCAGGUGAGACAAUGGCGUUUGUCCGAGGCUCCGAGCGAACCAGAGCGAUCCAGAGCGAAAGCACGGCGCCACGAUGUCCCACAGCGGCGCAAGAGUGUCCCAGAGCGGGCCAACAGCGGCUCACAGCCCGCUGCUCUCCUCCAGUUUCUGUCUGAGCCCGGGGUCUUGUGUCUGCGCCAAAGGCUGGUCGUCCGCAGUUUGGAACGGACUCUCGUGUGGCCCCGCGCCCACCGCCCACGGCCCCGCCCCCGAGCCCUGGCUCCUCCCCGGCUGCUCCUCCGUCUACGACAGCCUGGUCAGUAACGCGUCUCCGAUCCCGUCUCCUCCGGCUGGUGGGCUGCGUCCAGACUGCACCAACAAACCACGACGACCUUCGAUUCUGGAGCGCUGCAUCCUCAAAGUGACGACAAGCAGCGUCUGUGUUGGGACGGACGACUUGGACAAGAGGCCUCCCGGGGGGCGCUGUCCGACUCGUCUGCCCGACCCGGCAAACACAGAGACCAAUGCCGCGGUUCUGAAACGAAGACAGAAGCAGAUCCAGUACGGCAAAAACACCACGGGAUACCAGAACUACCUCCAACAAGUGCCCAGACACCUCCGGGACCCAAAGCUCCACCCUUCGACCCCAAACAAACACAGGAAGUACAGCCGCAGGUCGUGGGACAUGCAGGUGCGACUGUGGAGGCGGGCCCUGCAUCUGUGGGACCCGCCCACCGACCAACACCUGAGGGAGGGGCCUUCGAGGGAGCAGGACCCUGUGGAGCAGCUGCAGAAGCAGCUGGCACGGAUGACCUCUGACCUCUGCGGAGACGGGCAGAGAGAGGACGAGACUGACGCUUCACCGCACAGCUCCUCUGCCUGUGUCCCAGGCUCUCCUCUGGAGUGCCACCCGCCUCCCCGCUCUCCCCCUGGCCUUGGCUCCUCCCUCCUGAGUCAGCUGACCUCCGGCGAUCACAUGACCGACUGGCUCCAGCUCCUGCUUGAGGCCAACCGCGCCCGAGAUCUGGAUUCAGACGACCAGCAGGUGCCCGUGGUGUCCGACCAUUACCUGUGGGUUCCAUAUUAGGACUGUCAAACCUGUGCACCUCCCUGACCCCAGUCCCCCCCCCCCAAAAACCCCCGAGACCAGGGCUGUGACGAUUUUUACUAUCGACGAGUCAAACUUUGUCGCCCGCUUAGAUUUUUACAAUGCAUUUUAACCACAAAAAAGGUUGAAAUGUCAUAAAAAUUUAGCGUGCGAAAGAAUGUUUGACUGUGUACUACAGAUAAACGCCCCCCACCCGACCUCACCCUGAAUAUUUUAAACUAACCAGGUCUGUGCUCGCGGCCGACGGCCUUCAGUUUUACCAUGAAUUUCCCCGGAGAGCCCGCCCCCUCCGACCACCUCCUGCCAAUCACCGGGCCCCUGAUGAACUGGCACUUUUGGUGGUGGUGGUGCACUUUUGCGUUGUUUUUCCCUUCACGGUAGGAGGCGCUGCUGUUCUGUUGUGAUGUCACCUGUUCGUUUUGCACUACAGCCUUUAUACAGGCUCCGCACAUCUCCACCCAGGAAGAGGAAACGUCUUUUCUUUUACUUGACUUUUGUUUGUCGUUUUUUGUGGCGCUCGGAAAGAGCACCGGCUCAAAUGUGUGAAAUUAUUAAUAAAGAUAUAAAUAAAGUGAGAGUAAAGCUUCA